AUGGCGAAGUCGAAAACCACCACCAAGGCCGCUGGCAAAACCCAGCGCAGCGCCAUUGCUGACGUUGUCGCCCGCGAAUAUACCAUCCACCUCCACAAGCGAAUCUUCGGCGCCGCAUUCAAGAAGAGAGCACCCAAGGCCAUCAAGGAGAUCCGGAAAUUCGCCGAGCUGGCAAUGGGCACCAAGGACGUCCGACUCGACCCACAACUGAACAAGAAGGUCUGGGAAUCCGGCAUCAAGGGUGUCCCAUACCGAUUACGGGUGCGAAUCUCCCGCAAGCGAAACGACGAGGAGGGCGCACAGGAGCGGCUCUACAGCUACGUCCAGGCCGUCAAUGUCAAGAACGCCAAGGGCCUGCAGACGGUUGUGGUGGAAGAGUAA